AUGGGACUCUGGCAAGCCUGUGUAGUUCAAGAAGAAGGGGGAAUGCAGUGCAAGGAAUUCGAUUCCUUUUUGGCUUUACCUCCAGAGCUCAAAAUUUCUAGGAUUCUGAUGUUUGUAUCUAAUGGAUUAGGACUUUCAGGCCUCUUGCUCUCAGGUUUCGGACUGGACUGCUUGAAGAUUGGUGAACAACAACUGGACCUAAAGAGGAGGUUACUGCUGUUGGGAGGAAUACUCUUCUGGAUAUCAGGAGUCACAGCCAUAGUCCCAGUCUCCUGGGUUGCUCACACCACUGUGCAGGAAUUCUGGGAUGAGAAUAUUCCAGACAUCGUUCCCAGGUGGGACUUUGGGGAAGCACUGUUUGUAGGCUGGUUUGCUGGAUUCUGUCUCAUCUUAGGAGGCUCAAUGCUAAAUUGCACUGUCUGUUCUGCUGAUGCUCAGUCAUCCUCGGUCCAUUAUACAGUGGCAGAAGAGCAAGAUAACUGCCAGUACCUGGAAAGUAACAACAGACCCAAAAGCCUAAGAGUUUGA